CUGAAAAAGAAUGUUAAAUUAUUAAUACUCGCAAUUAUCGGAAAAGUUCCGUCUUCAUUUACCAAAUUCGGAGUUUGAUAGUGUUUUCGUGUUAGGAGUUGGUAUGGUGGAGGCUUAUUUAACUGCAUUCAAUUUGCUAAACAAACUAUAACCACGCAGAGAUAGUGCAAAAAAGCGGUAGAACGGAUGUUUAAGGUUCUGAUGAAAAGUUUUCGAUUUUCCAGUGAUUCGCUAUGAAGAAAAGAUCUCCUCAGAUUAAAUUAUUCAAAAUAACCAACCUUUACGAUGUCACUGCGAACCAGCUGUGCCACUACGUACAAGCGUUGCACAAGCACAUCCGGAAACAAAAUGCCCGCAUUGAAAGACUCAAGAAGAAGGUGAAAUCAUUGCGGUCAAUCAGGAAACAAUCGUACCGUAGCAAUGGCGUUGAAACAGAACAAACAUCGCACCAGGUGCAGGAAGAAACUCCCUCUAUCGAGCCUCUGGACAUAAAAGCAUUUGUAGAUGAUAUUAAGAAAACCGCCCAGGAUGUCGACAUCAAGAAUCGAUACAUUUUCGAGCCUACCUCUGGACUGUACUAUGAUCCCGAAACGGGAUACUACUAUAAUUCUAUUUACGGUCUACAUUAUGACGGGCAUAGGGGCUGUUAUCUGAAGUACAACGAAGACACCAAAGAGUACGACUUUUACUCGCAGGUCGUCCCCGAAACUAUGCUUGAAACGGAGCCCAAAGCCAAACAAAAGAAGCAGAAACGUACCGAGCCAAAAGAUGCUAAAAAGUCGCCCGAUAGUGAGGACAGUGAACGUGCCGUCCGGCGCCACCGGAAGCGUAGCCGUAAGCAUAAGAAACGGCAUCGAAAAACGCGUCACCGGUCGCGGUCGUCGAGUGAAAGCGAUAGCAGCUCGUCGUCGUCUAGGCGGUCCCGGAAGAGACGUAAAUUGAAACGCCGGCGUCGUAGGGCUAGCUCCGUUGAGGUAAAGGAAGAGGGUGAGCUAGAAAGCAGCGAUGGGAGCGAUUCCGAGUCGAUUGUUGUGGUCAAAUCUAGCGGAGCUGAAAGUGAGGACUCGGCGGAACAUUUCAACACAAACUAUAAAGAUGUAGCAAAACGUUAUCCUCCAUCCCUGCGCAUAAUAGUGAAGGAAACCAACGUGAAAGACCUAAAGAUCGGUUCGCUUUUCAUCGUAACUUGCAAAGGUGGUUCGCUCGGUCGAGAAGGCAACCACGACGUCAUCAUUCCUGACAUCAACGUGUCCAAGAAACACCUCCAGUUCGAGUAUAACGCGAAAAAAGGCACGUACCAGUUCGUCGACCUUGGGUCGCGUAAUGGCACCCUCUACAAUGGGAUGAGGGUGAAAAUAGAGGACAAGCUGGCCCAAAGUGAACCCCAGACGCUGGUCCACGGAAGUGUGCUGCAGCUCAAUCAAACGAAGCUGCUCUGCCAUGUGCACGAGGGAAAUUCAACCUGUGGAAAGUGCGAACCGGGACUGCUCGUAACUGCCGAGGUGCCUGAACCGGUCGAGAACGUGUCGAAGAUCACAAAACCCGUCUCGCACAAGGAGGGACUAAAGCUGAUCCAGAAACGCUUCGGUUUGGAGAAUGAAAAAUAUGUCGGUUCCGGUGAAGCGGGAAAUAAUGCGCCCGACUAUCAGGAUCGCGCCGCGUACCGGCGUAAGGUUAAGGGCAGCUCGAACGAACAUGAGAAAACACAGGUAGCGUCCUUGGACCAAUCGAUCAGCAGCAACAAUAAAGGCUUCCAGAUGCUAUCGAAGCUCGGCUGGAACGAAGGCAAAUCUUUGGGCAAAAAUGACGAUGGCCUAACGGAACCGAUACCGCUCAAGUCGAACGUGGGCACGUCCGGGUUGGGCAGUUUGCAGCAGGUAGCCAUCGGAUCGGCCAACGCCAAUCCGGUGGACCCGAGGCGACACACCAUCUGGCGCAAGACUCAGGAACGCUUCAAACAGUCGACGGUUUUCAAAGCCGAAAGCAGUGACGAGUCGGAGUAAGCUUGUACUAUUGUAAGAAUAUACUUUCAUUUGAAGUUUUGA